AUGAAGAGCAUUUUCGUUUGGGCCUGCCUGUUAACUGCUCUUUUUCAGCCUGGCGUGUCAGAUAUAUACUUGCAUUGUCCACCAGGAUCCAACAAUCGACUGAGCGGUGAAGGUGCAGCAGUCACGAAUGCCAACAGACUGUUUGAUUCUCAGGUAGGUGGAACUGCACUGUUUAUCCUGAAAAUGCUGCGAAUAAGUUGAAGCGAUUUCUUGUCACUCACUCUCCGCGCUGAGGGUCACUCAUACUCUAACAGGCAAUUUAUGUACGGUUUCGCUGGUUUGCCUCUCCCUUUGAUGCCAUGUAAUAGCAGUACCUAAACAGGAUGUGGUUGACACAUUCUCACCAUUCGCCCCUAGAAAUACCUCUAAGAUUCCUUAUAUUCGGCUACAAAAAAAUCUCUCCAAUGCAGUCCCGACAUCAUGAUUACAAAAUUACACAGACUCUAUAUAUUGUUUCUCAGAGAAAUUUAUAAGUUUGGCAUGCCUGUAAAAUUUAGAAUCACGUUUACGGCAAACAGCAAAUCUUAAUUGUACCACGUGACCAAGUUUUUCCUUAACUUGUGCUUUACUGUUCAUUACUUCUACCCCCAAAUUAGUAGCUUCUCGUUGCGUUUGUCUAUAACAAUUGUUUUUGACUGGCUUUAGCUGCACGUUUUCUAUUUUGAGAAAUUCUCAACUUGAAUCUGACGUUUGCCGUUUGCCGUAAACGUCACUCAAAAUCUCUCAAAUAGCAAGGGCUUAUCUAUGGCGGGACAUGUUUACGGAGCGAAUUACAAUAGUGAAAGAAGAAAAAGAAAAAUUAUAAAGCCGGGAAAUUUUUUAGAGAAAACAAAACCAAUAUAAUGACUUUACCUAAACAUUGAACGAUGAUGUAAAUCUUAUCAUUUUGGUUUCCUUUACGUAGAAUAAUGGCAACGCUGGAUACAACGUUGGGGACAAGCUGGGUAGUAAGAAAACUCCCCUUCCAGAGACCGAUCAGCUACCACAGGUAAAUUCAUUUCUAUCACUGGGAAGAAAAUCGCGUGUAUAUUAAUAAAGCUACGCAACAGUUUGCAUACACAUAGACUGAGAGACAAAUGCGAUCAUAACGUAUCAUAAAUUUGAUUCUUCUUUCAUUUUGGGUUCGAAUUGAAAUUAAGGGCUUAUUUGAUUGCUGAUCGUUUACGUGUUUAGUGUUAUUUAGUGUGGUUAUUACUUGUUUCGAAAUGUCAGUGUCAAUGUAGUUAAAACAAGCAAAACGUUUAUUUAUAAGCUAGGAGCCCAUUUAAUUUUUAAUGUUUACGGAGCGAAUUAAUUUAAUUUUUAAAUUAAAUGGGCUUAAAAGAUAAUUUUUUCCAACACUACUGCAGGAAGGCAUCUUAUUCGUAGUUUUUAUUUGACUGGUCAUACUCAAGGUGUAAAGUGCAAUUUUAAAGUGCAAGAACGCCUUAUGAACUUGACCACCUGUUCUUCCGUUCCAAAUCGAAUUGAAAUUUGGAAUACCCUGAGAAAAACUUCAGCCUUUCCUUUUUCAUUUUGCUAGCAGCGAGGAACGAGGGGAAACGGCUGCAUUCGUGGGCUAGACACCGAGACAUACAGCACGUUGCCAUAUCAAUUUUUAACUUCACGUGUGAAAUUAAAAUUUAACGCUGAAAUUUCGCGCCAAAAUUAAGGAGGAAUUUGUCGCCCAUACAUACAUUUUUUCUUAAUAUGAAAGUCAAAGUUUUGUCAUUUUACUUAAAUUUAUGAUCGAGUCAUACGACUUUAGCUUUUCUUUGAACAUGUGAAUAAUGUCUGAGUGGCCCUUCAUUGUUUCAAUUAACAGGAGUUUUACAUGAGUGGGUUUAAUGACGAAGCUAAAACUGAAGUUGAAAUCAUGUGGACAAACCAACACGGGACCGGAAAAAAGGCAGAUCACUUUGUAGAGUCACAGGUGAUUCUACAGUAUAUGUGUCAAGAAUUUUCUGAUGGAGAGGUGCCCUUAGCGAAUAUCAACACACAGUUUGAGUACCACACUAUUCGUAAUGGGGGAACUUCUAGCACGCAAACAUUUAGAGCCAACCAAAGAGAAAGUUCUGAUGUUAAAUUGACUCUUGGACUUCACGAACCGUACAAUUAUUACCAGUCGUAUCUCCGCCGCGAGCGAAACAAAGGUAGGACGUUCUAUAUACGUCUGGAGGGUACUCAACAAAGCCUUAUAAAGGGAGGCUCCGCCCCAAGAUCCAACCCUUACCCUUUUACCUGUAUAAACCCUUUUUGACAGAAAAGUAUCCUGUUCCAGGCUCUCAGAUAGUGGGGAAGACGCGAAAGAAAAAGGCACGCGAACAGUUGGAGGGGCGGGAAAAAGGAAAAGGCCGCCCCUUCUCUCCCCAGUUUCCUCCCCGUUUUAUUUUCGUGUUUGCGCUUUCUCAAUUUAGCGGACCCGACUAUCUCGGAGCCUGGAACAGGCUAACAGAAAAGGUACUCCUUUCGUAAUUACCUUCUAUUGGAAAAUGGUAGCCCUUUCCCAUACCUAGCAGGGGUUUCAAUAAGCACCGACAACCGACGAAACGCGUCGGCUACUUUACUCAGAGCAGUCGGCUACUUUUCUCCCCGAAAAAGAAGCAAGUAGUUUUAAAAAUAUCGUAAACAAAAAUAAAUCAUUAAAUCUGAAUUAAAACGUAAGUUAAUUAUGAUCUGCUUUCAAGGUCCACUGACAUGUUAUGCUUUAGUUAUACCAGAAGCGCUUCUGGUUACACAAACGCGGUAUUUCAGUCAAUUUUUCCCACGUUUCUUUGUGGUCCACGCAGAAUUUGUUUAUAAACAAAUGUACUUAAUUUUGAAUAGUGACAUUUGUUCAUUGCUUGUAAGAAUUGAUCGUGUGGCUUUGAAACGUGAAUGAAAGUUAUAUUUUCUUGAAUGAGAAUUAAGAAACACAGUCUUUUGUUCUCAAUUUAUAAACUUUCCAAACAUUUUCUGGGGAGCACGCCCCCAGACGCCCCUAGAAGAAGGGGACUACGCUACGGCCCCCUCUUUGAUACAGUCGGUUACUCUAUUCAAACCUGCCGGCUACUUCAAUUAUUAUUGAAACCCCUACCUAGUUUAGAACUUUUCAUUCUUUUUAAGCAAAUGAACUGCCUCUUAAAUAGGAAUAAAUCCCCCCAAAACAUAAGCAUUUCUGUUAGCCCUUUUGGGCUAAAAUGAAAGAUUUCCCUACCUUCAACUAGUUAAAUUCUUAACCUUUUAUACAGCUGAAGUCUUAAAAGAGGGUAUAUACACUCAGAAUUGUGGGUGUUGAAACACUUGUAGUCUUCACUAAGGCUUGUUCGCAUAAAGCUUUUUUUUUUCAUGAAGCGCGCGAAUUUUCCUUUGUGCCAAGUCUGAGGAACUUUCUAUGGUCGCCUUGGGUUUUCAGUACCUGUUUAUCGGCAUUUGGCAUAUUUCAUUUGGUGUAGCUCAUUUGGACCAUAAUGUGUUUUGUUCCACAGGUUUGUUUACCGCUGACCAACAGCUUAAAGGUAAUUCACCAAUCUACACGAGGCAAAAUAAAGCCGGAACAAGGAGGGGAUAUGAGGUUCCUGAGGAACGUGAUUACUAUCCAUACUGGGGCCCCAGCCCUUGGAAGGACAUUGCCAUCAUGGUCAGCGAUGAGAAGACCCUGGAUUUGAUGAAGAAGCAUGUUAACAGCUCUCAAUAUGGCUACAAAUGUGAGUCUUGCGUGAGUGUAUUCUAGUUAAGAUUUCACAUAGAAAUAUCAAGGGAGGAUUCAUUAAGAGUUGGAACUACAGCCGAUGAAUCUGUCUCUGCAACGGACAAAAAACCUUGCAGCGAGUUGUCCGUGACAUGACGGCGAAGGUAGUGAAAACGUCUCUGAUAAAUCUAAUGUUCACUUGAGUUUUAGCUGAUCCAAUAACGGUACCCUAUCUAAAGAGCACACCGGGAACACAACGUCAACAAGGGCAAAAAUGAUACCCUAUUUAAGGAUGGAGGCCCUGAAAAAACUAUACCCUGUCGGGCGGCACAUACCUAUCCAGCCCAUACAUGGGAGUACUCCCCCGUGUAGCUAGAAUACACCCACAAAAUUGUGUGUUUCUUUAUCAAAUUACGUCAUACAGAUCUGUGCAUCAUGCGGAGCAAAUCAAGUGAUCAAUGCCCCAAAAAGAAUGAUGGCCUCCCUGGAGAAAAAUGCGUUGCUAAAUAUCUCACCGCAGAGGCAUGUAAGAAGGCUGGUGGGAAGUGGACACGAUUUAUCACAAACGUUAUGGAGAGAACGCGUGGCGUCCUAAGCACGUGCCAUGGAGUCGACGGAAUGAAGCUGAAGAGAGGCGUUCCGUAUGAACCACAUAAGGUCUCACAAGGUGGAGAUCUACUGGAGCAGUAUGUCCUUGUUCAGAAGCCACCCGAAGUUUUGUAUGCGCCUUCCACUUAUAUCAACCACAAUGGAGUAGGCCGCGAUGGGAAAUUUACUUCAUACAAAUGGAAAGUCCCCUUAUUUCCUUCCAACGUAACACAACGCUGCGUGUUACGUAUAAGGUUAGAUUCAGUAAAAUCAUAGUGAUGGGAUUUUCCUAAACUCUGAAAUAGAGCCAAAUUUUGUAUAAAAACAAGUAGUCGUUUAUGUUGUUAAGACAUGACGCAGCGACAAAUUUGCGUUCAGUAGAUACACAGGAACAUGAAGAUCCACACAUGUCCAUUAUACACAAACGGAUACGAUUCGUCAAACCGAUUGUCCAUUGCUACCAAUGGCCGACGGUUGGUACCAAUAGAAGAUGAUGUCAGCCCAGUGGUUCUAUCGGUGAAUAUGCAUCUCAUGAUAGUAAUGACAGAGUGAUUUACUAGACAUGGAAUGGAACCAAAUAUUAUACCUUAAACCUCCCACUUAUAAGCUCCCACGAUAUAGGCCCAUCUACCUCUUCCAUCUACAGGAAAUUACAUCCGGUUUUAAACCCCCCCUCUAGCUUGUAGUGGAAUGAAUUCGAUUUUUUACGACGUUUUAAAGGUUUAAGAAGCGAACAGAUUCAAAAAGUAUUUUGAUAAGCACUGUUAUGUAGCUUGUUUUUGUUUUGAAACGCUCUUUUUAGUGCGGUUAGGAGCUCUUCAAAUAUAAGCCCCCCGUUUAUAAGCUCUUCUAAAACCCCUUACGAAGUUGUAUAAGCCCAAAGCUUUUAUAGCGGCAGUUUACGGUAUGACAGCCUGUCGUCGUGUAUGUUGCGGAAAUGGUCGCGGCGACAAAUUUACGUUGAGACAUGAAGCAUGGGUUCGAAACAGUCUUGGAACACUGAUCUCGCUUUGCAGUCAGCAGUGCACAAACACAUUCAAACAAUUCAGGAACACUUUCUCACGGUUAUUAGCGCCUUUUUAGCAAUUUGUGCCCAUGACAUGCCCAGUGUUCGUGCGACAUGUCGUAGCGAAAAAAAUUGCCCGAAAAUUAGCAUGUUGCACAAAUUAAAACGUGUAGGCGUGUGUGGCCGAGCGGUAAACACCUCGAACUCUGGAUCUGGAGGUCUGGGGUUCAAGCCUCACCGGUCGCGUUGUUUCCUUAGACAAGGAACUUUACUUCACUUAGUCUCUCUUCACCCAGGUGUAUAAAUUGGUACCGACGACAUACUGCUGGGGGGUAACCAUGUAACGGACUAGCAAGCCGUCCAGGGGGGAGUAGCAAUACUCCUAGGUACUUCAUGCUACCGAAACCGCCAUAAGCUCCGGCCGUUUGGGCCUUUGGCUCGUUUGCGCAUUUACCUUACCUUAUACUCAUUCAAUGAUUUGUUAACUCAAAGCUAAUCUGUGUCUGUAGCAGGAAACUAUAAAGGGAUUUGUCUCCCAUCUGCGCCGCGCAUGUUCUCCGGCUCAUAUGGCAAGGGCAGUAGACUGGAUACCUUUAAGGCUCUGUCCACGCUUAUCCUUUUUCCUUUGAAAACGCACUCAUUUCGAUGCAUUUAGGCCUUACUGUAGAAAACUUAUCAAAUGAAAAAGAUGACUGAAAAUAUCGCAGGGGCGUUUGUUUCUACUCACAUGCACAGAGUUCAACUGACGUCACAACGUGCAGUUCUACCGUUGUCGAACGUUGUAGUGUUGAAAGUCGAAAAGGCAUCAAAACGUUAGUGUGGACGGGAAUCGAUGUGUUUUUGAUGGAAACGAAAACGCAUCCUUUUGAAAACGCAUUCUUUUUUUUGUCGACAGGGCCUAAAUCCCUCUCUAGCUCCGUUUGCUGUUAUCAUGUCCAGUGCGGCAUUGUGUUCUUUCCUUUUGCGGUGUAUUUGUCCAUAGGAAAUAUCAAUUUCAUUUUUAUUGUAGAUAUAACAUCACCAGUGACGAUGUUCCACGCGAAUUUGAUGCCAGUGAUAACGAUAAGUAAGUGAAAAUUACAUGGGAAAUAAUAAAUUAGAAAGAUACAGCUUUACUUAGUACUAAUGUUGUUAAUUUAGUGUAUCAGGAGAGAUUCAACAAACCAUGGAGGUGCAGGACACUUAGUCAUUAGCCCGUUCCAAGAUAAAGAUGGUAGAGAAAUACAAGCCCUCUACUAUCUGAACGCCUGGAAUGGGCUACUUAUAUUUUAGUCAUCUGUACGGCUAAAAAAGAGAACAACAUUCGGAAUGAAAAAUAGUUAAAAAAAAUUGACGUUAUUUCGACUGAUCAGCUCCUGUAAUCACAAAACUUAAAACAUUCAAAUCGUAUUCAGCACUUUAAUCGAUAUGCAACUCCCUCCUGUUUUCUAUGGGAAAAGCUCUGAGGGCUACGUCGAUUAAUAUGGCGGCCGGCAUAUCGGUGUUUAACAAUCUAAUUUCCCGAUAGUAAAAACUUUUGUGCUGCUUUUCAACAGUUGUAUUCGUGAUACUAUUUGACGAACACUUUUUUAACCCACGUCCUGAUUAUGCAAACUGAGGUUCGAAAGAAAAAGUUGGAUGUUUCCAGCUGAAAAACCAUGUUAUUUGUGAGGAUUCGUAUCAACGCUAAAAAUAAUUCACGCAAUACAGAAGAAUAAAGAACAGUCUAAGCCUUAAUUCAUGGUAAUUGUUCCAUGUGGUUUUGCCUAGCUCCAAAACAGUAAUGUUGCCUCUCACCCAUCCACUGCUUUCUUUUUUUUUUUAAUUAGAAUCCGUCACUGUGGUGCACAAAUUCUUCCCAGCACACACCGUAAUUUGAUGACCGUUAUUGAAAUUGAAACGUGUAUCACGAUCUCGCCUUUCCUUCUCAACUCACACCUCACCUAUCCUCUUCGUGCCUGGUGGCACAUAAGGCCUUCACCGAGUCCCGCCAUUUAUCUCGGUUAGCCGCAAUGGUCUUCACUUCCUUUCAAGACUGCCAUUCUGCUUCUGCUCUUUCUUUUUCGACCGUUCGCCUCCAGGUGGUUUUUGGUCUUCCUCUUCUUCUUUUUCCUUCUGGUGCCCUCUCUAGCUACCUGCACAAUGUUACCAUUAACUUCUGUACAGUGUACGUGUUCAUGAUGUUUUUGAGGUGUAUCAGAGGCCUAUUCAGCUCGGUGGCCUCCUGUUGGCUUUGGCUUUCGCGCAUCAUAUAGUCACUCCUGUUGAGAGGACCGGCCACAGUCUUCCCUUGAUAAAGUGAAUUUUCUCUACUUUUGGUUUUGUAAUAACAGGGUUUAAAGGGAGAGCCGGGUUAUCAGCCCUCAGCCCAACCCCCAACCUGGAGGCACAGUGGAUCACACUUAGUCUGGUCUCUAUCCUUCAACCUGUUCGGCAUGGGUGGCCCUUAACAAGGAGUCAAUCACUCCAGCCGACGUAGCUCUAUGGGUCAUUCAGACUCGCAAACCACUCCAUGGUAUGGUGGUGGUCCCUCUGGAGCAAUGCCGUUCCCUCUACUCGCGUUUAAACUACUCACAAAAAUUCCCCGCUGCGCAUUUUGUUGUACAGAUCUUAUUGUCUGUGGCAAAAAAUAAUCUUUUGUCUUUUAGAGUUAAGAACAACCCGAAAACUAAAGCUACUGAUGGCCAAACAGAACUUCAGCUUGCCUUGAACACCGCCCAGGUUGGACGAACAUUCCAAGACAGAACUCACGUAUUCCUGCUGAAACCACGGAGCGUUCUCUCUGAAAAAUAUCAGAAAUCCACUAUAAAGUACAUUCAUGGGAUGGGAAAGAGAGGCAACAUUGUACAGGCGUAUCCUUCCAUGGAGUAUCGCUUUUUUCCUGAACUGCUACGUGUUACAACAGACGAUGUGGUGUGUUUCGUCUGGUCUGGUAAGUGACUACGGCUGAAUGAUCAAAUCAAAAAAGCUAUAUCUUUAAUGGAAACCUCAGAAUAUUCAACGUUACUUAGGUUUAGUUAGACUACGUUUUUAGUCCCUGGGUUACUCCCUGUAGUGGCCUAGAGGCGGAGGCACUGUUCGAAAGGGGUACCUUUUUCAAGCGUUUCAGGUUUUUAAAAGAGUAGGGAAUGUGGUGCAUUAACAGCAGUUUUGAAAGUGGAACCAUGUGUCAAUAGAACGAAUAAAGGGGUAUAACCUUUUUUGUGAAAAAUGGCACAUAAAAAGGUAAUUAAACGUCGGACCUCAGGGUGGACCCUCUCCUUACAAAAUCUUUGUUCAGUGCCUUCCUGGGGGUUUAAGUAACGGGCCAUAGAGACCUGUUUUUUUUAUUUAUUUAAUUUCCUUUUUUUCAGGUUCAAACCAUAAUCCCAGGGGCCGUGCCGGCCAAGGGACAGAUCGUAAGUUACUUGUCUGUCCUAUCUUGUUGUUUCUAGUAAUUGUACUAGGCCUUAAUUUUCGCGAUUACAAAACCACGAAGUUAACGACACGAGUUAACGAUCUAAGCAUGUUUGGAAGAAUGACGCCAGUACAAAUGUAGUUGCAACAAUUUAUUCCGUGAAUGUUUCGUUGAAUGAAAGUGAGAAUCGGCUCGGUAUCUGACUACAGAUGACUUGCUUUCCUCGGACCUUUCUUUUCCACAGAGGCUCCCGCUGGGUCGCAAAAAUGUUUUCCUUCCCAUCUUCCCCGCGCGCUUUCUUUUUACCCUCUCUCCAGCCUUCACACGACACAAAGAGGCCUCUGCAGUGGAGGGGGACUAAAAACUAAAAUAAAAAUCAUUGUUUUCGAAAACAUGUAUUAAAUCAAGCCGUUGCCGUCCAUACUCCAGACAUUGACAAUUUCCAGCUGACUCAGUGUUAAUAAACUCUUUCUUUUGACUUCUGAGAAAAAUCGAAGCAAAUGAUGGGUAUUCCCACCCCUUUCACAUGAGCCCCCCCCCCCAUUUCUUGACAAUUCUUCUAAGUGCCCUUUGAUCGGUUAGUCACAUUAUACUCGAAAUUUUAAUCUUCAUGCUUUUGAGCGUCACCCUAAACAUAAUAGUAUUACAUGUACACCGAAAGUUUCUGUCGCUAGAACAUUAUGCUCAAUUAAUUCUGGACAAAUUUUUGCCCUUUUGCUGCCCCUUACCCUGCCCAAACAAAUUACCUCUAUAGUAGGUUAACAAGACGUUUUAAGGUUUUUGGUACAAUGCACGCGGCAAAAACAAGUUCUCAAUGGCCCUUAAUGUGUUAGGAACCUGGCUUUAUGCCGAUAGCCAAGCCUUGAAAUGAGUUUUAUACUGAAAGAAAGCUGUUGUAAAGAAAAUUUGAGACAUUUUUGUCAUAGGCUUUUUUUUAUUUUUUAUUGAAUUUAAUGUAUCAUUAUGCUAAAAAUGCCCACUAUACUGGCAUCAUGCUUGAUGCUCUAACUCAUGUCCAAAAACAUGGCGGUAUAAUGUUAUAAACCUUUUAGUUACUUUUGAUGUCCGUAUUAAGGAGGUUUCAGCACUGUUUAAUUUGUAAGACGUAACUAAGAUUAAAUAUUUGAUGUGGAACAGUGGGCCUAUGAGCGUCUUUGUUUGCAAAUUAGAAACGGAUCGCACCAACGUAUGCUGGGUGGAGGAAGGAUGUAGUUCCCUAAAACCUCCUACUUGCUCAAGCUUGCUUCUUGAUGUGGUUGAUCAUGUGAAUAAAUUUGACAGCGAAAAGUUGAAUCUACACCUCAACAAAGGCUGUUACACUGGUUCCGCCUCACUGAACGCUGAGCUUAAUAAUGCACCAGCUUCCUGUAAUCCACCAUGUUUCCGCAUCAUGUUGCCUGGGGAAUACUGUUACAUGGGCACGCGCAAUAAUAACUUCUCUAAUCGUCGUCACAUGGGAAAAGUCAUUGUGACCCAAGGCACCGUUUUUCCAAAGCUAGAUUACGGGGGCAAGUCAUACCCAGGGAAAUCGUGUAAAGAUAUCAAAGAUAUCAGGGACAAAUUGAAAGAAAAACGUACGAAUGGAAUCUACUGGAUUACGCUGAAACACAAAGGUUAGUUGGGCUAUACUGAGUUGAUCUGUGUCUCAAAGUUAUUGUUUCUGAGAUGUAAUUGUUCGAUGAACAAACCUUUAAACUGCAUCAACUCGGUUUUAAGUUGGUCAGCACUACUUAUUACUCUUAAUUGAGGGGGUAGGUACAGGAGGGUAAAUAUCCCUCCUCCCUACUUUUUCAGCCAAUUUCUCUUUCCUCCCUACUCUUUGGGGCAAUUUCUCUCUCCUCCCUAAACUUGGUUUAAAAAUUGGCGGCGGGCAACACACAACUCCUGCACUUAGUCGUAAGGUGAGUUUUCUGACCUUCAGAGCUUUGCCUCUAUACCAACAUACGGCACGAAGAUUGCGUAACCACCAUAUGUUAUGCAUACGCAGAUUUUUAUGGAGAAAAAGCCCUUUGGGGUACUCUAGGGAAUUCUUGUUGGGAGUGUGCCGCCCGGAUCUCCAAAUUCUGACCCUAUUUCAGACCAAGAAAUCUCGUUAUUCACGCCCGUUUUCAGACCUAGCCUCUAAGAAAUAUAGUGUCAUCAUUACCUUAAUAAUUCGAUUUAGCGCCUGGCCUUCCAAUAAGCGCCCCCCUUAUAGUGUGUUUUUGUUAAUAAGCGCCCCUUGUCUAUUAGGCGCCCCCAUUCCAAUAAGUGCCUCCAUUCUUAAUAUAUAGAUUUAGCCAGGGCUAAAGGCGAGGCUCCCAUUAAUAAAUUUAUAAUUUAAAUCAAACGAUAAACUUGUAUUCCACAAUUCAGUUAACUUUAGAGCUCAUUCAUGCGACUUUUCAGGGAAAGGCUAAGUGAUUUUAGAAAAAAAUAAUUUGCACACUGCCCAAGAGUGAACCAAAUCUUACAUCGGUUUGAUAGCCUCAUAUAUACACCCAAAAACUGGCAAUCAUCUUCGAUCACAUUUAUUAAGAGCCAUAAUGGCUCUUGAUCACCGUAGAUUAAUUAGGCCUGGAAAAAAAUUCCGGCCAAAUUUUUUGCGUUCGACAAGUUUACUUUACAAAAUCUUGCCAACAAAUCUGGGUGCGUGUAAACCAACCUUUUAUAUCAUUUAUACAUCACAUUUGCGGUGAAACAGUACUACGAGGCACUGUUUUUAUCAUACAGACCUCGGACAACAGAAUGCAGUAUUGACAAUUUUGCGAUACAAAUUGCAGUCAUUCAAUGUUCAGGACGAUCGAAGCACGCGUGGGUUUUAGCUAAACCGUUCAAAAAAAUUUAAAAUCACCUAUACGGCCAGCCGGUUCUGACUUUUGCAGUGCUAUCAGUGGCGAGUGUUUGAAUGAACAUUAACAGAGUUACGCUCCAACAUAAUAAAGAAUGUAUCAUGUUUAUUUUUUAUUUUAAAACGGUUUAACGCACGGCAUUUUCAGUACUCCGGGAAACGUUGUUCACUGAACGACUGAAAACAAUCGGCACAGCGAUUAAAAUUACAAGAGAGACUACUAACAAUCAAUAAACGAAAUAUAAUUCGGUGAAACAUAUACAGAGACCACAGUUUUCAUUCAAGAAGACAAGUAUUAAAGUGUCUCUAAAAAUCCCGAGUCUUCGAGCUUAAAGCUGAAGUUUAUCUUUUAAGCCGGCUUCCCGGUGUUUGCUUUUUUCAAAGACGAACUCGAGGCAAGAAAAUCGCUCAAACCUUUCUUGUACAGCCAGAAUUAUAACUAAAUAUUCUUAGAAACGUUUCCUUUCUAUUUGCGGUGAGAAAAUGUCUAAAGGCUUUUUAAAGAUCUGCAAGCUUAUAACAAACCUGAUACUCGGUCAGAUCAUUGUCUCAAAUCUUACAAACGUGCGUAAACAAAAUAGCGGCAUAAACUACGCUCGACAUCAUUAAAUUAGAAAUAAAAAACAAACAUCAAAUACAAUGAUUACUCAGGCUUACCACUCGAGAUGCAGCUCCUGAAAGGUAUCAAUUAAGGCCAGUAUUGCUGGUUUGCACGUGACGUCACGGCGGCCAUGUUGGUGGUCAAGAACAAAAGCAUUUCUCUCCUCUGGGAACUAAACUCUAUUUUCAUGAAAAUUCUUCGAGGAAAUAUUCUUUUGUUUUGACCCCCAACAUGGCUGUCUUGUCACGUGGUUGCAAACCAAGAAUCAACUUCAGACUUUGCAACCCUCUUACCCAUUAAGCAAGGUGAAAACGAAAACGAUGCCAUCCGAAAUCGGAUUUCCGACUUUGACUCAACCAAAACCAAAUAAACAAACUAGCCAUGAAUAACAGAAGACUCCUGAUAGCAGCUGAAUUUCAUUUUGUACAUCCAGUGGAAAAAGACCGUUAAAAACAUCACAAGUUGACACAAAACUGUGUCAGCUUCAGCUGUCACAGCAAACAAGAUUCAAGAUGCUGCAUACAUUUUCCGCAUGAACUUACCUGUCAAAUUUUGACCAAUCAGAGCAUAAAAAUUGGACGUAGAGCGUGACCAACGCGUGAAUAUGGUUAGAAAAGCAAAAAGCAACUGUCUUCCCUGCCUGAAGCAGCUGGCUGAAUUUUUGCGUCCAAGGUCAGUUUGAAAUCAAAAUUUUAAUUGUGCGGCACAUAAACACAACAUAUUUCAUAUGAAUUUACUUCAUUUGAAAACCAGUACCUUGUCAGCGGAUAACUUCAAAAAAAAUACUUGAACUCGAUGGGUCGACGACACCUGAGCCCGCGAUACGGUCAAGUGAUACUGGUCAGCGGAUACCUUGUUUUGACAGCUAUCAAUUGACCACAACAUUGAUGUCCAAUAUGAGUGUCAGUUUUCCUGUGCUCCGAUCCCAAACUAGCUAGAAAGUAUGAGAUUGAACAUUGAUCGCGAUCUAGUAAAAUAAUUAACUGGUCAGCGGACAGCUUCCAAAUAAAUCACGUCACCUCAAUAAGUUGACACAUGAGCCGGCAAUAUGGUCAUGAGAUGCUGGUCAGUGGCUAUCCUGCUUUAGCUGUCAAUUGACCACAUUGUGAAUGUCUAAUGUAAAAGAUGUGGACUUGCCAAGACACGCCUGAGACACCCCUCUCUUCCUUUUGAUAGUCUCCCCUACCCCGUCCUUACAAUCCGUAGACGCGUACGUACGUACGUACGCUCGGUCAAUCACGUGACAACCAAACGAAAAGAGGUUGAUCAUAUUCCAUGAGUAUGGGGCUCGCGAAGCGCGCGUGGGAGCCCCACUAUAAGCGACCCCGUUCUAUUAAGCUCCCGUAAUCUAAUAUUACAAUAUUAGAGUACGGGUAUGUAUCAACCGAGGUUCAUUUUCCUUUAAUUGCUCACAAACGUACAAAACAAGGAUCCUUUCGACGGGAUCAUCGAAUCGGACAUCGAAGAAGGCACACUGAGCUCGAGAAAGCUUUUAUUUACGGUAUUGAUGUAAGUGACACUGACAAAGAUAUCGGCGUAGAAGGAGAUCAAAAUUCCCUCACGUUUACCGAAAAUUACAUAUACCUGGAUUUUUGAAAACCUGGUUAGCAAAAAUAUCAACUCAUUCUACUACUUGGCAAUUUAAAACAACAAAACUCGUUCAAAGGCCGAUAAAAAGCCUCUAUCUGACGCCGGGCAGUAAGUUCAUGGUCCCUAGAAGCAUUCAAACGACUCCAAAUUUAAAAUGACGCAAAUUUUAGAACAUUUAUUCAGUAAACUGACUUCGCGAAGUUUCAAACCGGUGUCAUUUCAGUCUAGAAAUUUUUAACUUGAGUGAGCUGCAGUGAAAGAGUGCCUGGUCAAGGCUUGCAUAACAACUUAAAUGGUUAGCAAAACACUACUUUUUUCGCGAUUGGAUAAGCAACAGGAUUCCGCAUGGAACAGACAACUAAAUGAAACGUAGUGCACAAAUUAUCACUUUCUUAUCUUCAAAAAUCGGCCUAUGGUUCAAUGCCAUAAGAGCCCGCUGAAACCAGACCCAGAUCCAAUUUUCCUGAGUCGAGAGUCGCUUUUCCAAGGUACAAUCAGCUAAGCUAAACACCGACGAAACAAUAUUGAUGGCUGGCACAGAAUAUUUUGGCCAAACCGCAGUUCAACCACGCGAUCACAUACCUGUCAACACCAUGCGGAAAUCAUACAAUCACACACUUUCGCGGCACUGAUAAGACUAUCCACGACCACGCAUAACACAAAUCCCUAACCACAAAACAAGCAAAAAAAGAAAAAAACGACAUAAGCAAACAACGCAGUAAACAAGCUAUUAGACAGGGAAAGUUAAGAAAAAUUACAAAAUGUUUGCUAACCCGGUUUCAUAACUCCAGGUAUACAUAUUUGUUAUUGUUACAGCUUCUGUUAUUGUUCCGUUUUCAAAAAACAUUAAAGUUUUCUUUUGAGCAUUUGGUUGUUUCUCAAAAGAGAAAUAAGCGCCCUCCCUUGAUCAGCAGGUACCAAAAGUAAAUAUUAAGCGCCCCGGGCGCCAAAUCGAGUCAAAAUCCAUUUCGAAUUUGCAUAUUUUUCCUUCUGUCUUAGUCAUUUGAAACUGAAAGGAUAAAUACGUUCAUACACUCCCGUAGUUCCCUCGAACCACCAUACCCGACAGGUGGCUUGAUUAAAGUAGGAACAACAACAAUCUGGAAGAUUCCUGAUAGUGCCCACAAAUCCCUGCCCCCUUGCUCUGCGAUUAAAGUUCAACCGGCAAACUUGUUAUUCUUUUUGGAGAUUUGUUAAGGCUCGGAAAAUCGGCGUGAGAUUUUUUGGGGGUUAAUUUUUAGUCAAGGGAUUUUUUGUGGGUUUUGUUGAAAGCCCUAGGGAUUUCUUCGGGUUUUGGUUUUUAGCCCCAUUCGAGCUUUCCUGUCCCUUGAAAUCCGGAGUAUCCCCCCUGGGCAAAAAACCCGUCCCUUUGGGGCGGCAGAUGCCUAGGCUUAUAUAUGGGACUAACCCCCCCUUAGGAGGAAAGCCUCUAUACCUACCAAGUAUUUAAGAUAAAUACUCUAACUUAUAUUGACAGAGAACGCGUUUCAAUUUUGCAGUAUGGGAACAAAGAUAGGUUUUGUUUUUGCAAACACAUUACAAACCAACAGAAACUUUUCAGUACACGAAGUUCUUCUCAUGUCACGCAACAGAUGUGAAGAAAGGCUUCAUUAAAGGAGAAGCGCGCCGGCUUCUAAGGAUUCCUCUCAAACCACUUUUGAGAAAAAUAUCCAAAAAUUUCGAAAAUCGCCCGAUAGAAAGAGGCUACCCUUGCCUUUAUUGUCAGAAAGUACCUCUACGAGGUAAAUCUCGCCGACAGGAAGACAGCUCCUUAACAGAGAAACAAAUCCGCCCUUAAAAAACACUAUCUUUCGUUACACAAAGUCAAUACCAGUCAGCGUAACUUAGCCUAACGAAAAUACUAGUGGGGAAAUUGCACCUUAUACAAAACCAACAACAGCUAAUAGAAAUCUUAAAGGAGCCUCCCCUCAUAACAUAUCACAAGCGAAAUACACUGAGGAAUUAUUUGUUAGAGCGAAGCUCUGAAGGUCAGAUUACGACCAAGUGUAUGCGUCUUGUGUUGCCCGUCGCCAAUUUUUAAACCUGGUAACCUGAGAUGUGUCAAGUUUGAUUCCAUGCUUUCUCGGUUAAGUCCUACCAAGGGAGUCAAAGGAGAGUCAGACCAAAGGGGAUUGCAGUGUAUGUCAAUUUUUCUACCCCCACAUCCCUUGUCAUCACGCAAGUUCAAAAAAAUCCCUAAAAUUACCUUCUCAUCGAUAUCUCCCUACUCCCACAACAUUUCAUUUUCUCCCUCCUCCCUACAUUUUCGUCCCGAUUUCUCCCUCCUCCCUAUUGUGUACCUCCCCCCUCUUAAUUCUGGUAAAAUUCGUAUCUGUGUCCAUUCAGUCUGUAAAUCUACCUAUCCAUUUUCAUUAUUAAUUUACAGAUUUGUUCCUCAAAACGUGGCACAUAAGUUUUGUUUGUCGGGUGUUGCAUAAAAAAUAACAACAACAACAAACAAAACAAAAUUAUAUAAGCAUCACAUCAACGGAAGCCAAACAAUGCAAAUGAUAUUUUGUUCGCUGACACUGUAAGUCAAUAAAGUGAUGAAUAUAUGAAUUUCAUAUAUUUGAACCGCGAAAUGCAGAAAUAAACGAAGAGAAGAUCAUCGCAGUUAAAGACGCAACUCAAUGCAGUUGCGAAAAGAAAGCCUUGAAAAAUUUCAGGCUUGUCGAGAUUCGAACUCUGACCUCUGCCAUACCGGAAAUGUUAAACUCAACUUACAAGCGUCGCUUCCAGGAUUUCGAACUUGGCUGGGCCACAGUUGUGGGAGGCAUUCUCACUACUUCACCACCUUGCGCAUGCCUCCCUUCUAUUUAACUGAAAAGUUUACGAUUGUUCGGCGUUGUAUUACUUUACCCUCUGUGUAUAGCAUGUUCAAACCCACUGGGAAUGGAGAAGGGAAGCAUAACCAAUGCCCAGAUCACAGCUUCCACCCAACAUCACAGUCCAUACCGAUCUUACCAUGCCAGACUGAAUUCCAACCAUGGCUCGUGGGUUCCCAGAACUAAUAACGGUCAUCAGUGGCUGCAAGUGGAUCUUGGUAAGAAAACCGAGGUGACAGGAAUAAAGACCCAGGGACGAUAUAACGCGCAUCAAUGGGUUAAAAGUUACCGUGUAUCCUACAGCAACGACGGCUCCACCUUCCAAAUCUAUAAGGAAAACAAUAAAGUUAAGGUAUGUAUUCAACUGAAAAUCAUUGCAAGAGCAAUUAAGUCAGCCAAUUAUCGUAAAUGCUCGAUCACCGGCUUCCCCUUCUAGUAAACAGCUCUCCGUUAAAGAAAGAACAAAACGGAGAUUGUGUUUCACGUUACACGGCCUGUUUGACACCUGUACAUGAUUAUUUAUAGUAAAACAGAGGUUUUGAAAAGAUCGUUGGUAAGAUAACUAAAAAUAAGUAACAUCAUGACUUAAAGGUGAAUUGCAAAUUUGUACCAAACUCAUUUUAAAAUUUGUGUUUUUACUAUUGACACUGAUACGUUAAAAGUCACUUGAAAUACCGGUGCAUUCGCCUUAAUUAGAAUAUUAACGAAAUAAGUGCCCCCUCUCGCAUCAGAAAAUCAAAGAAGCACCCCCGACGCUAAUCACUCAUUCCCAGUUAAAGUAGCCAAUGAGAUCUGCAAAAUCGAGCAAAAUAUGUCUUCAUGAUUUUGAUUUUGAUUUCAGUAACACAAAGCUACAGUACUUGUAGUCGUUGCAUCUUAAAAAAAAUUCCAUGUUAUCUUAAGUACUUACGAAGUUAUCGCAUUUUUAGUAUUGCUAUCUCAGUUUGAAAAAAAUAAUCGAGAUUUUGCACGAAUAUCAGGGUAUUAUUUAGCAAUUAAUAAAUUCGGCUUUCGUAGAUAUGAAGAAUUAAGCAGAUCGAGGAGGGCGAGAUCUGAGUUGCUUAAUUCUUCAUAUUCUACGAAAGCCGAAUUCAUUAAUUGCUUUAUUAUUCAUUCAAAAUAAUUCCUAUUUAAAAACAUAGCUAAAACAUGCUUACCAGCAUCGAUGUUAAGUUUAUCUUCGAUAAUGUACGUUUAGGUUUGUCCAGCUCCGCAAGUAUUCUCCAAAUAGACCUUUAAAUUGCAUGCCGCGCGGGGACUGGCCACUGGAGGUAUACGUCCGCCAUAUUGAAUAGCACAAAAAAAUCAUUGUUUCCUUUGUUCUUGAUCGGCUGCCAGAAAUGUCAGCCAAUAGUGAAGAAGUUUGCAAAACAUUAACCAAAAAGUGCCUGGAGGAGUUUAUCAAGGAGAAAAAAUCAGAUCAGAGGGCUCAGGCAUUUUUUGUAGAAGAUUAUGUUCACGAUCUUUUCGUCACGUUUCAAGAAGAUGAAUGCUGUGUAUUGAAAGGAAAAUGUUUUCGAUCGAUGUCUAAGUCGGAGAAGCCACACGAAAUGAAAAUGAUCUUGGAAUUUAGCGAUUCAGGAUCGAACAUUGUCUUUAGAAGAUGUUCUUGCAAAGCCGGACAGGGACAUUGUCAUCAUCUCUCGGCUUUAGCCUACGCAGUGUUAAGUUCUUUGAAAGAGAGUGAUGUUGCUUCUGCUUGUACUUCAAAGCUCCAGCAAUGGCAUGUUCCAAGAGGUGCUAAAAUAAACCCGCAACCCUGGAUGCAGCUAAAUUUUUCGAAACCAUCGGUGGGAAAGGAGACAAGAAGAGAUGCAUCGCUCUGCCUUUACGAUCCAACUUCUCUAAAGAGAAAGGAUCCGGAGUGUAGGAAAGAAAUAUUUAAGAGUGAUUUUCUGUAAAAUUCGAACUUCGGCCUGACACGGUACCUCAUCGAUUUGGCUGAUUUUUGGCAUGUAGUCUUAGAAUGGUGUCCUAAAUACUGAAUGCAUAUUCUAAGGUUCGAAUUCUCGUUGGUUUCAAAGAUACAGGAAUGACAGUUUUGACGAGGCCUCGGGCGGCCGCCAUGUUGCUGAACUGAAGGAGAUUUACAGUAAUUAAUUCUAGCCUUAUCAUUAAAAUAACUUAGUCGUGACUCAUACAGUUGCAAAGAACUAUCCUUCCUCCUUUCAUUUACCUACUCUUAUCUGAAAAUGGUUAAGCCUGAGCUACGAACGGCUAUAACUUCUCACAGCACUUUUUCGGUACUUAAACGGUACACAAAUUUGGUAGAAAUUGGAAGGCCAAUAUCACCCAUGCCACAUCGAUUUGGACUAAGCCAUUUUAACUAAACAUAGUUUGUUUAUAGCUAAGUUAGAUUGUUGAAUAAAAUAAUUGGGCAAAUGCAACGGAACAGAAAUAUGAUUGCAUGAAUGCGCAGUGGUUCAGCCACUUGGCCGCUAAAACUUCAAAACAAAAUUCGGUGAAUAUUUGAAAAGAAAAUUCUUUAAAAAUUAAUCGUGCCUCUUAAACCCUAUCUAUCGCUUAAAAAACCCUCCCUUGUAAUGUAAACAGAUGAUCUUUUGAUUCUGAUCUUGAGAAGAGCUUGAAAUAUGCGCUAAAAUGAAAAUUAUAAAUUUUGUUACACACGGUACUAGCUCAAGUUCGCUCUUCGAUUUCCCAGACCAAUCGGGAGCCGCUCGUGUACUGCACAGUUACAAUUUUCUCUGUAGUAUUUCGCUGUAUACAGCUACAAAUUACAUGUUUUCUUAGGCAAUGAUAACGCAAACGUUGUCAAUUUUAAUCAAAAGGCUAGAAAACCCAACCGUGCACUGUAGCUUUAUGCAAAUUGUAUGGUAUUCGAUAAUUGCACGUGUAAACAGGAACCUACCUUUGCUAAUGUACACUGUUUGGCAGAUCUUUCCAGCGUAAGAUAUAAAACUAGUACAUGAAAUGAAAUUAAAGAACUCAUCAAGUCAAAUUACCUGAUCGUACCGUCAUUACUGAAUAAUAAGUCCGCAAAAUAUGACAUGGAAUGAUCGGUGGGAGACGAAGCUAUUUUUAGGAGGACAAGGAACUGCACGCUGGAACGGAACUGAAAUGAACAACCUCAAUCAAGUUCAGUCUUCUUGACGCUAUUAAACGUUUCACCCGAAUUUGAACAGGAAGUUGUUUUCUAUUUUCUUUCUCAUUCUUGCAUGUAUUCUGCAGUUCGUCCACUAUUUUUUCGUAACUUUUAAUUUUCUAGCUAACUGGAACUGUUAAGAACUACCAACCCCCCUCCCCCCUCCCCCCUCCCCCUCUUUGAGUGAACUUUCAUUCGGUCUGAUUCACAACAGGCCCGUAACCAGGGGCGGGGGGGUGCACGGGCACCCUCCCCACAGGCCCCAAAGCUCCGCAUUUUGAUACUCAAUAUCCAAGUUAAGGAGUGCAGUCGGUUAAACUGAAGUUUCAAACUUAACAGUGAUAUUUAAACAAAAUCAAAGAAUGGAAAAAGCAGUAGUGUAUUCACUGGGAAAAUAAAACCAGCUGCACUCUAGUAGCCCGAGUCAUUCAGAACAUUUUAAUGAGCGCACAGAUGUCCGAGCUUAUCUAAAUGAAGAAUGAAAUUAACGCUUAAGGAGUGCGAUGAUGAUCUCUUUCCAAAUAUAUAUGCGCUCCUCAAGAUAUGCGCCACAAUCCCUGCAGUGAGCUGUGAAUGUGAAAGAAGUGCGAGUUCUUUAAGGCGGCUGCAUACAUAUAACAGGGCAUGCAUGGGCCAGGAAAGGCUGUCGUCCUUCGCACUAAUGCACAUACAUUAUCAAGCUAAAAUUGUUUUGGACGAGGUGGUAAAUCUGUUUGCCACCAAACACCCACGGAGGCUGGAGCUCGGGACUAUUCUGAGGGAUUAGUUCCACAGUAUUUUGAUGUAUCAUUUUACAUCGUAAAAUUACUCCUGUAUAACUUAAUUCAAACAGUUGUAUUCGACAAAUGUACUAUUCAGUUCCUACCAUGUACUUUGCUGUUACAAUUUCUCAUGUAUUGCUACUUCCCUAAAUAAACGGAUGAGACAAUAAAAAAUACAUUUCGGUAGUUUUGUCCACUUUGGCCUCGUUAGCACCCCCCAUAAAAUCCUGGUUACGGGCCUGCACAAUAAUUUUCGAACGGUGACAAAGUGAUAUUUGAAAUGACAUUUUAUUUAGUAUUUUUAAAAGCUCCUUCUUUUUUUUCCCGAUAGCCAGGAAUGUUUUGAACGUAAAGGCUCAAGUGGCGGUGUUUUUCACGACUCUGCUUGUAGACUGACCUCACCACCAGUACCACGGACAUAAAAUCUGAUCGGAGAGGGUCAUACAGUAACUGAUGGGUCUCUGAAAAGCGAAAUGCAGUCACUUGGGGCGAGUAGGCUAUAUAGAUGAUGAACUCAUUGUUUAUAACCCCAUAACCGUAUCCCAAAAGUCGAGCCAGCCCGGGGCGAGCGAACACAAUUUUGGGGCCACUGGCCACGCUCUUAUGUUUAGCGGGAAAUUGGUUGAUUAGUCAAAUCUCCUUAACUCCACGACCAUGCACCUUUCCAAAUAUAGCCCUUCUUAUCAUCAUAUAGUUAGGGCCUCCCGUAAGCAUUUGCAACUAUUUUGAUUUGUAGAAGACUGUUUAACAGUUUUCAUUACUUUAAUGUCUCGUAAACAACACGAGGUACAUGUUCUGAUCUCUCCCUCCCUCCCCCACCACCCCUUCCCCAUCCAUAACAAAAAUUUUCAGACCAACACUGGAUUGCAUGAAGGUAUGUACAAAAAAUAUGACCAUCUCGAGGCAAGGUUCACCACUGUAACUUACCACAUAAAAGCCUUUUCGUUGUUUGCCAUCGACUGAUUCUGUUCUGAAUACUAAGGUCCCAUAAACAACGCCACGUUUAGAAAGAGCCGCCCUUUUCAAUCCAAGAAAACCCAAGUAGCGAUUUCACCAACGGACAUAAGCCGUAAGAAAAGGACCGCGUCAAAUAGUUCAUGAAAUCACAAACGCCCCAUGACACCUUUAAUUCACUCUUUCUUCGAUAAACUAAUUUUUAAUUUUUUAAGCAUAAAUGACAUCAGAAUGCGCGAUUAUGAGCAUUGUAGCUUAUGAAAAGAAAAUUUAACACCUGAUGCACAUGAAAGCGUCUAAGAAGGGGACUAGGGGGAAUUAGGAACAUUGUGCUUACCGCUGGAAAAAUAUUGGCUAGUUCUUUGAAUAGACUCAAUUAAAGCCGUUUUUGUUCAGUGAGGAGCUGUUAGAUGGGGGGAAAGCUACAUAAAGUAGAUCGCAUCAGAAUACGGCAUAGGACUAGGCUCUCAAAAUCGAUAAGCUGAAUGCAAGACCAAUUAUGAUGUAAAACAGAGAAAAAUUCCUUGAGGGAAAAAAAUUAUGGCUAGGGAAAAGACCCGAAGGUGGAAAGUUAGGAUGGUAGCUUCUUUUGAGGUAAUCGAUCAUUUACGUUAACUUCCGCUAUCCGACGGGCAUAUCGGAAAGACUGAAUGGAUGAGAGUAUAACACAUUCAAGAAGAAACAAAUUUGUGAUUUUUCACAACUCAAUAAAAUAACUAAAAUUGUGUACUACUCGGUUAUACAAGAUUUUUGUUUUUAAUUUCAGAUUUUUACGAUGGGGCAUUAGCCCCCGUACUCACUAGACACUACUUUACAAUCAUCGUGUUAAAAUCAGUGAAAUACUCCAAAACAAUUUGGAUUCCUACCCUUAUACCUUUAUUAAAAAUUAAAGUUGGGAAGUUUGUUGUUUUGUAAAAGUAGUUUGAACAGCCGAACGACAUUUUUUUACACGGAGUGGGGAAGGCAAAGCUUCACUUAUCUCUUCUAAGGUAGAAAGUGUCAGCAAAACGUGAGAGUUGUCCUUGAGGGUAAAGUGUCUAACCUAAUUUUCUCACCGAUUGCAAGUACCAUUUCAUCUACGCAUAACCUCACCUAGUUAGCAUAAUUAGGAAAUGUAGUGGGGAAACCUUGCGAGAGAACUGAGUAAGAUGUUAGGGUAAGUUUCGGAAAUUUUCCGCACACCUAGAAAGUCCUGGCUACGCUCCUGAUAGAGACUUUUGCUGGAGAGAAAUUGAAACAUGUUCGCUAAUAUAGUGACGACCAGAAAAGACAAGCCAUAGGAUAGUUCCAGAAAACCACCCAUUAAAAUAGAUCACGAAGUUGUCGCGGCGGAGGAUGAACUUGAAGGCAUCUGAUGAAUUGCAAUUUUUCAAGGGAGCCCAGACAAGAUUAUGUACGAUGGGCACAGCUUGUUUGAUCUGGAAAAUUUAGAGAAGCUCAAGGCAAAUCGCUAGACAACACAUGCUAGAGCUGAACUAAAAAUCUUUUACGCCUUUGAACUCUGUCCCUAAGGGUGAAGGACAAAGUUUCAAUUUAUCAAUGCAUUAACCGAGUUGAUUAUGAAUGUCUCCCUAUGUUGGACGUCUUACUAACAAGCACAUUACCACUACUUAAAACAGAGCUAAUGAUUAUUGGAUCAAGACAAAGACUAUCUGCCCAAUGUGACGAUGUAGAAAUCAGAAUUGAUGACCAAAUUAUUAAGAGAGUCGAUCAUACCAAAUCCUUGGGUAUUACCAUAGAUGCUCAACUCUCUUGGGGUAAACACGUUGAAGAGAUUUGCAAGAAAGUCUCUUCAGCUAUAGGCGCCCUUUAACGUGUGCGGCCCUUUAUAUCCAAAGAAACUGCAAUUCAAAUUUAUAACGCUUUAAUUAUGCCUCAUUUUGAUUACUGCAGCCCCGUCUGGGACUGUUUGAGUGGUUACUUGAGUGAUAAGCUCCAAAAAUUACAAAAUCGUGCAGCCAGAGUUAUUACUAAAUUACCCUUUGAUGCGAGCUCAAACCACCUUCUCUCCACCCUCAGCUGGGAGAGGCUAUAUCUUCGACGAAAGAAACAAAAAGCCGUAAUGAUGUAUAAAACCAUGAAUGACCUUGCUCCAGAAUAUCUGCAAAGUCUUUUCUCUCAGCGUCACUCUGCUUACAACUUAAGAAACUCUGAGGGAAGGCUGACCUUGUCCAAACCAAGCACCAAUUAUUUGAAACGAAGCUUCUCUUACAGCGGGGCCAUGUUAUGGAAUAACUUGCCCAAAAACUUAAAAAACGCUGCAUCCGUUGAGCAUUUUAAGCGAAAUAUCAAGAAGGUAGCUGAUAUAUCGGAUUCCCACACGGCAAUCAUGUAAAGCAGUUGUAAUUAGUUUUAGUUUUUAACUUAAGCUUAACUGAUGAUUUCCCGUGUUUAAAUAAAGAUUUACAUACAUACAUACAUACAUACAUACUUGCCCUCAGAGGCGUUUUUCAUUUGACGAACAGAGAAAACUAGGUUUUGACUGUUUGAAAUUCUGGAUGCCAGAGUGAAGACGCCUUUUGUAUGAUGACGUCAUCGUCCUACAGUAAAAAGCGUUCGUUUUUUGCCAUUGAUAUUACGUCAAUCGGUACACUUAUGUUGUCGAAAGGUCCGUGAGCAUGGUAAAUGAUUUUACCUUAAACUGCAGACACAUCUUCAAUCACUCCUUAUUGUUCGCGAUAUCGGAUAAACACUCUGGUCUCUAACUGAAUUUUCUUUGCUGUUUACUUUAUUUUGAAUUAGGCCUGUCUUGAGUUGUCCAUGCAUUGUCUAGCGAUUUUAAACUUUUUCAAGGAAACAAAAAUCUGGAAUUGUCCCUAGGGUGAGGCAUUUGCGCACAGUUUUAAAGCCCUUCGGUGGGGUAACUGUGGUUUUUGCUGUCCCGGGCUCAUCCCUCAUUCUUCUUAACCCCUUCCAAACCAAUUUUUCUGUUUAUCAAGAAUCUCCUCAAAACGGGCUUCGUGAUUGACACAAAAUACCUGAAAAUUGUACACGGAACCGUUGUUAACGGUGUACAAGGUAGAAUGAGUCUAUUUAUUACUUUGCCAACGCCCAAUUUUUAAAACCGGAAGUAAUGAUGUUUAUUUCAAGGGCUCAUGUCUCAUGAGUUUUGAGUAAAUCUUCAAACGCUGUAAACACAUGUAGCUGGAACUAUCAUCGCAUCGAUCCUCGCUCACUAAUAAUGAUAACUUAUAUCAACUUCCAUUAUUUAUUGCCUGGCUAAGAUUUUCACGGAUUCUUCAGUUCAGUUGUUUGAAACCAGGCGGUUUCACGUGAGUUGUAACGCCAGGCAAGGAACGUGACGACCCGCGAUAUGCGUGGGAAAAUAUUACUUUUUUUCGAUCAAGGUGGAAACUGGCAACUUUGUCGUCGAGUAAGGUAAUACAUCUCAAUUUUCAUUACUAUGGUUAAUUUUAAAAGCUCUGGUUUCGGUAAAGGAACUGGAGGAAAAUCAGGAAAAUUCCAGUUCGACUGUGAUGGUUGAAUUUUGUUUACGCGUCAUAGCAUAAACAUAACAAAUUCAUUUUCCUUUUCCUUAUACAAUCUGCCUUUUUUUAUACUGUUUUUCGCAGCAGAGUUAUCGAUUAUAUUACAGAGGCUAAUUUUAUUACACAGAUCACUCAGAUUUAAUGACAGAAACUCUAUUAUCGAUUGUAAUUUUGGCAACACCUGGCGAGUAUUCGGUUCAGAUCAUAACGAGCUGCACGGUCUUAGCAACCAAGAAAACCCCUCAGUAUCCAGCUGAGAUAGCUGAGUAAAAGUCAGCUAUCUCAGCUGGAUACCCAGUAGCUUGCAACAUUCCCUAUUCCCUUAAUCUCUGAUCGUAUUUCGCAUCUAAUAUGAUAGAGGCGUCAAUUUUCACGCAAUCAUGUCAUCAUCCUGAGGCGACAAAUAAAAUUAAUUAAAAAUGCGGUAUCAAACAAAAUGUCCGGAAAAAUAAUUCAGUGCCUUCUAAAAAGAACAUUUUAAAGUCUGCGGUCAUUGCCAACGUGUUAUAUAUCCCAGAAGCGCUCAGGCAUAAUAACAUCAUGCCAGGACUUCUACCUGGGUGAACCAGAAAGGAUAUACAACAACAGCAUAACUUUUUUUUUCGGCUACGGAUCGAAACGCUAAACGUGUUAUAUAUCCUAGAAGCGCUCAGGCAUAAUAACAUCAUGCCAGGACUUCUACCUGGGUGAACCAGAAAGGAUAUAGAACAACAGCCUAAUUUUUUUUUUUCGGCUACGGAUCGAAAUGCUAAACGUGUUAUAUAUCCUAGAAGCGCUCAGGCAUAAGAACAUCAUGCCAGGACUUCUACCUGGGUGAACCAGAAAGGAUAUAGAACAGCUGCCUAUUUUUUUUUUUUUUUUCGGCUACGGGUCGAAAUGCUAAACGUGUUAUAUAUCCUAGAAGCGCUCAGGCAUAAUAACAUCAUGCCAGGACUUCUACCUGGGUGAACCAGAAAGGAUAUAGAACAACUGCCUAUUUUUUUUUUUUUUUCGGCUACGGGUCGAAAUGCUAAACGUGUUAUAUAUCCUAGAAGCGCUCAGGCAUAAUAACAUCAUGCCAGGACUUCUACCUGGGUGAACCAGAAAGGAUAUAGAACAACUGCCUAUUUUUUUUUUUUUCGGCUACGGGUCGAAAUGCUAAACGUGUUAUAUAUCCUAGAAGCGCUCAGGCAUAAUAACAUCAUGCCAGGACUUCUACCUGGGUGAACCAGAAAGGAUAUAGAACAACUGCCUAUUUUUUUUUUUUUCGGCUACGGGUCGAAAUGCUAAACGUGUUAUAUAUCCCAGAAGCGCUCACGCAUAAUAACAUCAUGCCAGGACUUCUACCUGGGUGAACCAGAAAGGAUAUACAACAACAGCAUAACUUUUUUUUUUUGACUACGGGUCGAAAUGCUAAACGUGUUAUAUAUCCUAGAAGCGCUCAGGCAUAAUAACAUCAUGCCAGGACUUCUACCUGGGUGAACCAGAAAGGAUAUAGAACAACAGCCUAAUUUUUUUUUUCGGCUACGGAUCGAAAUGCUAAACGUGUUAUAUAUCCUAGAAGCGCUCAGGCAUAAUAAUAUGCCAGGACUUCUACCUGGAUGAACCAGAAGGGAUAUAGAACAACUGCCUUUUUUUUCUACGCGUCGAAGUUCUAAACUUGUUAUUCUUAGAAACGCUCUGGCUUAAUAAUAUGCCAGGUUUCCAGCGACUGAUUUUAGCUGAUUUUGCGGUGCGCAAGAAUGGAUAAUUUACCCGACUUGUAAACAGAUAUUUCCUUCAGCCGAUUGUGUCUCAUGCAGGAGAAUGUCAUGUCUGCGUUGUUUUGUUUCUACUUUAUCAAAGAAAGCUUAAUAGGAAGAUCGCAAUUUAUACUCUUACCAACUAUAAAUUAGGGCUGACCUGGAAGACGCGUUGAAUUGUGCCGCCAUCCUUCAAAAUAUAAUCUGGCUGCGUUUAGGGAGACAAUUUCCUCUUCCAUCCAGGUUUACUUGGUAUAUGUGUUUGCGAGAAUCUUCAGACAAAGAAUUGGGUAUACACUGAUUCGAAUGGCUUGGCGAUACUAAGUGCUUAAAUCUACUUACCGAUUACAACAUGUUUUGGAAGUAUUGAGAAGCGCGCCAAACGAGGUUGUCACAGCGUUCUCGAGCGAACACGGCGCGACCUGGAUUGAUAAAAUUACUAUUACAUGCAGCUAUCAUGCCAGUGAUUUCUCCUUUCGUCGCAUAGUGAAUAGUUUGUGAGCACAUCCUCGACUCUCGAAACAUUUGUCUUGCGCCGCUAUAGAAGUUGCUUCUCCCGCGAACCAUAGGUAGAUUUCCCGCUUAACAUAAUGUUUGAUAAUUUAUGCAAAAGUUGACCUCGUGAAAGUCAGCAGUGCAUUAAUCGACUCAAAAAUAAACAGACUUCCUACAGGGUUUUGAACACGGUUUUAAUUAAAGUACUUUACGAGCGCUGCGGUAGUUGACCGCAAAAGUGUUACGGUGAUGGAUAUUCAACUGGAUGAUUGCGUCACUUCAUAGCAACCAGACGGUACGAAUUUUUUAACUUCCGGAGCGCUGAGGCUCGUAGUGAUUGACAAAGUCGCUAGAACAGUCUUCCAUUCAUUACUUUUGUUUCUGCUCCGUUAAAUUUGCCCAAUUUUUUUAUUAAUGAACUCGAUUUAACUACAAACAGUGAGUAUUCAGGCAGAUUGGCAAGCUUCAAUGCGAUGUGGCAAAAGAGAUAUACGCCUUUAAAAUUCUGUUAAUUUUGCGGGUGUAAAAAAUUCAAAAAGUAUACCCACCAAAAGUUUAAUCGAUCGUUGCGAAAACGUUAUCAAUUUCGAAGUAGUUUCUAAAAAUACAAUAAAGAGGGAUUGUUCUUUCAAUCUGUAUUGGCAAAGGAAGAUUAGCUUUGAAGACAGGGUUGUAGUCGAAGGCUCAAAAGCAGCUUCUAUUAACCAAUAUGGCGCCGGUCCGAGGCACCCAAAAACCGGCCAUGUCGAUAAUUUCCGAAGUAGGAGGAAUUAGAACCUAAAGUUACCUAUUCCUUAUUAAAGACCUUAAAUCAAGUCUACAUGCCAAUUUUUAGCCAAUUCGGUGAGAUAGGGUGGCAGCGCCUUUUUAAUAUAGCUCGAAUCUUACAGACAACUGCUCUUAAAGAGUUUCAAGAGAAAUUUAAAAAGGCAUGCCCUUCUGCACCAGUUAUCCAUGUAAAAAACGACAGCUCAACCUCUAUUAAAACAAAUUUCGGUGAACACCAAAAGGGUAGUCCUCUUAGUUAUCACUUAUCUUCAACUGAUAGUAUUGGAGCUGAUCAUGCAAACAAACAUCUACAGUGAGUUACCAAUUCAACUUCCUGUGCUCAGUGAUGACUGGAGUGAAUAUUUACAUGGAUUUCAUAAUCAAAGUACAUCCAAGAGCCUCAAGGAGGUCAUUUAUAACAAAACCUCUAUCAGCCAUGACAUUGUCUCCUCUUUCAAGCAAUUACAAUGAGAGAAUUCCAGACUGUUUAGUGAUUUCCUUGUCUGAUAUGCCUCCAGUAUACAACUGAGAUACAAAAGUAACACUACCUGAAGGUGCAAUACCCAACAGUGCUUUAGCUGUACUGGUACUUUUGUACUGUGAGAAAACUUGAGAUUGCCUCAACAAAGAGGAAGGUGUCUGGAUCUUGAAUUCAGUGGCCUCAAGGAUCACCCUUGUUGAAGGAAAUUUCCUAAAGCAAUCGGGCAUUGUUUCUUGAAUUACAUGUUUCAGCAACCAGAAAUUGAUAGAUCCGCAACACAAAAUGAAGCAAAUUGAUCCAUGAUGUGAAUACCCUUGAAACUGUGGAACUAGAAAUGUUGAAUAAGUUAGCAACGUGGUGCAAAGGAAGACCAAAACGUAGUUUUACAAGGGUCAGGAAAAGUUCAUCCAUCUUUGAUAAAGCUCUCUCAGUAAUAUAUAGAUUUAGCCAGGGCUAAAAGCGAAGCUCCAAUUAAUAAAUUUAUAAUUUAAAUCUAACAAUAAACUUUUAAUCCACAAAUCAGUUAACUUAAGGGCACAUUCAUGUGACUUUUGAGGGAGAGGCUAAGUUAUUUUAGAGUGAAACCGUCUUACAUCGAAUUGAUAACCUUAUAUGUACACCCAAAAAAUAGCAAACAUCUUUGAUCACAUUCAAGAUCACAGUAGAUUAGGCCUCGACAACAAAUUCUUGGAAAACAAAUCACGCCGAAUUUUUUUAAGUUCGACAGGUUUACUUUACAAAUUCUUGCCAACAAAUCUGGGGGUGUUUAAACCAACCUUUUAUAAUUUUUAUACAUGGCAUUUGUGGUGAAACAGUAUUAUUUAUCAUACAGACCUCGGACAGAAUGCGGUGUUUCACAAUUUUUCAAGACAAAUUGCACGCAGUCAAUCAGGACGAUCAAUCGUGGGCUUUAAGCGAAACCGAUCAAAAAUUUCGAAAAUCACCCAUACGGCCAGCUGGUUCUCGUUUCUAUAGUGCUAGCUGUCAGUGUGGUCGAGUGUUUGAAUGAACUUUAAUUGAGUUACGCUUCAACAUAAUAGCGAAUUUAAUAUAUAGAUUUAGCCAGGGCUAAAAGCGAAGCUCCAAUUAAUAAAUUUAUAAUUUAAAUCAAACAAUAAACUUUUAAUCCACAAAUCAGUUAACUUAAGGGCGCAUUCAUGUGACUUUUGAGGGAGAGGCUAAGUUAUUUUAGAGUGAAACAUCUUACAUCGAAUUGAUAACCUUAUAUGUACACCCAAAAAAUAGCAACAUCUUUGAUCACAUUCAAGAUCACAGUAGAUUAGGCCUCGACAACAAAUUCUUGGAAAACAAAUCACGCCGAAUUUUUUUACGUUCGACAGGUUUACUUUACAAAUUCUUGCCAACAAAUCUGGGGGUGUUUAAACCAACCUUUUAUAAUUUUUAUACAUGGCAUUUGUGGUGAAACAGUAUUAUUUAUCAUACAGACCUCGGACAGAAUGCGGUGUUUCACAAUUUUUCAAGACAAAUUGCACGCAGUCAAUCAGGACGAUCAAUCGUGGGCUUUAAGCGAAACCGAUCAAAAAUUUCGAAAAUCACCCAUACGGCCAGCUGGUUCUCGUUUCUAUAGUGCUAGCUGUCAGUGUGGUCGAGUGUUUGAAUGAACUUUAAUUGAGUUACGCUUCAACAUAAUAGCGAAUUUAAUAUAUAGAUUUAGCCAGGGCUAAAAGCGAAGCUCCAAUUAAUAAAUUUAUAAUUUAAAUCAAACAAUAAACUUUUAAUCCACAAAUCAGUUAACUUAAGGGCGCAUUCAUGUGACUUUUGAGGGAGAGGCUAAGUUAUUUUAGAGUGAAACAUCUUACAUCGAAUUGAUAACCUUAUAUGUACACCCAAAAAAUAGCAACAUCUUUGAUCACAUUCAAGAUCACAGUAGAUUAGGCCUCGACAACAAAUUCUUGGAAAACAAAUCACGCCGAAUUUUUUUGCGUUCGACAGGUUUACUUUACAAAUUCUUACCAACAAAUCUGGGGGUGUUUAAACCAACCUUUUAUAAUUUUUAUACAUGGCAUUUGUGGUGAAACAGUACUAUUUAUCAUACAGACCUCGGACAGAAUGCGGUAUUUCACAAUUUUUCAAGACAAAUUGCACGCAGUCAAUCAGGACGAUCAAUCGUGGGCUUUAAGCGAAACCGAUCAAAAAUUUCGAAAAUCACCCAUACGGCCAGCUGGUUCUCGUUUCUAUAGUGCUAGCUGUCAGUGUGGUCGAGUGUUUGAAUGAACUUUAAUAGAGUUACGCUUCAACAUAACAGCGAAUUUAUUAUUAUUAUUUUUUUGUUAUUUAAUGGUUUCAGUUAUAACGAUGUGUAAUCUUAUAAAGCGUUUGAUACGCACGACAGUUUUGAGUACUACUGCAAGCGAUGUUCACGAACGAUGAAAACAAACGGCACGGACAAGCGAUUAAAAAUGAAAGAGAGACUACUAAAAAUCAAAAAAAGAAAUAUAAUUCGGUGAAACAUUUACAGAGACAACAAUUUUCAUUCACGAAGACAAGCAUUAUAGUGUCUCUAAAAAUCCUAAGUCUUUUAGCGUAAAGCUUAAGCCGGCUUCCCGGCGCGGUGUUUAUUGUUUUCGAAGGUGAACUCCUCGAAGCAAGAAAAUCGCUCAAAGUUUUCUUUCUGCAGCCAAAUUUAUAACUAAAUAUUCUUCGGAACGUUUUCUUUCUAUUUGUGGUGAGCAAAUGUAUCUGAAAGCUUUUUAAAGUUCUGUAAGCUUAUAUCAAACCUGAUACUGACUCAAAUCCUACAAACGUGCAUAAACUUGCCGCAUAAACUGUCAGCGUGAACUGUGCAAGACUUCAUGAAAUUAGAUAUAACAAAAACAAAUUAAACAUCAAAUACAAUAAUUACUCAGCCUUACCAUUCGAGAUUCAGUUCCUGAAAGCUAUCAAGGAAGGCCACAGUUGCUUGAGUCUUUUUAAACCCCCUUACGCAUUAAACAAGGUGAAAAAAGCUGAAAAACGAAAACGAUGCCUUCCGAAAUCGAAUUACCGAAUUUUGACAAGCGACGCAUUUCUCAACCAAAAACGUACCCAGUAAACAAACCAGCCAUGAAUAACAGAAGACUCUUGAUAGCAGCUAUAUUUCAUUUUGUGCAUCCGGAAGAAAAAGACAGUUAAAAACAUCACAAGUUGACACAAAACUCUUCAGCUUCAGCUGUCAAAGUAAACAACUUUCAAGAUGCUGCAUAAUUUUUCCGCAUGAACUCACCUGUCAAAUUUUGACCAAUCAGAGUAUAAAAAUUGGACGUAGAGCGUGACCAACGCGUGACCAUGGUAAGAUAAGGUCUUCCUCGCCUGUACUUUUAAAAAAACUGGUUGAAUUUUCGCUUCCGAGGUCAGUUUGAAAUCAAAAUCCUAAUAGUGCGGGGCCAUAGUGACAUAAACACAACAUAUUUGAUAUGAAUCCUUGGAAAAAAUAAACUUGAGCCUGUGAUCAUUUGAAACUGGUAAUUUGUCAGCGGAUAACUUCAACAAAUACUCGACCUCGAUGGGUCGACACUUGAGCCCGCGGUACGGUCAGGUGAUACUGGUCAGCGGAUGCCCUGUUUUGAUAGCUGUCAAUUGAUCACAACAUUGAUGUACAAUUAGUUUUCUCUUGGGCUCCCAAAUUAAGUAAAUGUGUGAGAGUAAACAUUGGUUUUCCUGUGGUGCGGACGGACGGUCGGUCGGCGGUCGGCGGUCGGUGUACGGUCACGUGAUUAUCAAAUUUUCUGGGAUGGGUAGAUUUACUUAGCCAUGGGGCUCCGCCCACGCGCGCGCUUUGCGCGCUCGUGGAGCUCCGCUAUAACCUGUACUCUUACUAGACAUUUGUGUAUUCUCAACACUAUUAGACAAGGUCCCAUGAACAUUAAGGCUCCAGUAACUCAUGUCUUCAGCAUGACAUAAAACAAAAGUCAGAAAUUCUUUGUAGCUGGCUGAAUUUUGGAAGCCAGUAUAAAAGUGGAUAUCGUCAUCACUACCAUCAAAUCGUUUAAAUGAAAACAACAUACUCUUAGAACUUCUUUUUAUCGUUAGAAAAUUAGACAUCAAAACCUGUAUUUCAUCAUCCUUUUCUUGAAGCAUUGUCUCAAGCCGCGAGAUAUCACGGUCCUUCUCCUGACAGUUCUCGCAUGGUUCUUUCGCUCCCACAUUUCCAAGCACAAAUGAACUUGUCCUUGACAACCGCUGUUUGACUGGUGUUGCCCAGGAAAAUACUGACGGAACUGCAUCGUCCUUGAGAACUGUUUUGCCACCAAGUGUUGUUCGAUAAUCGCUCGCAGUAAAAUGAAGAGAACACACUCGAGUGUGCUCCGAUACAGUAAAUGAUUCUCCUUCAUCACGACGUAUUUUUACCAGCGAUGCCUUCUUCAUCAACUCACAUUUUGGAAAACGAUGAAAUGACAGUUCUUUUUCCCUCGUUGACUUAGUAUGGCAGAGCGGAACACAACAACUGUUUACCAUGCUGCACGCACUUUAAUCCAAGAUGGCGGACAUAUACCUCCAGUAACCAGUCCCCCCGUGGCAUUCAAAAGGUCUAUAGCAGGUGUCGCCCUCCGGGUUGUCCUCUUGCUGUUUUUGCCAUGUUUUUAGCCAUUAUUUCGCCUAGUUCCAGCUGUAGUACUUACUCUUGAAACGAGUGAAGUGUCUGCAAUUUUAAUUUUCACAACGAAAACAACUUAACCUCGUCCCCAGCUCUUCUCGGUUAACGAUGCAUUAACCUGUAGAAGGCUGCAUUUUUGACGUCAUUUCCUCGUUAAGCACAAAAUUCUUCCAAAUUUGGUCAUCAGUAACUGAUUAUGGUGAAUUAUGCGUGUGCUUUUAGCCAAUCAGAAUUGAGGAAUAUUUUAAAUGAAUAAUAAUAAAUUUUCAACCUCGGAUAAAGAAUAUCUAGCAUUGAACUGAUUGGCUCACUCAAUCUCGGUUUAUCUUAGUUUAGUUUACCUCCUUAGUUUGACCUCAUAUGGAAAAACAACAAAGCGGCAGAAAAAAGUAGAUUUUGCGAGCUUUCCACCGACGAAACAACAGGAAAAAACAGAAAUGCCAUAACGGCUGCGACAAAAAAGCCACAAACUUUGGUCUGAAAUUAUCUAAUGGUACUCCGAAGUGUCCUCAGAAAUUUAAAGAAAUUAUGAGAAUAAUUCUUCCGUACGUCGAGCUGAUUUUGUAACUACAACAACAACAACAACAACAACAAAGUUUACCUUAAAAAUUUUUCAGAAUGGUUUGCAUUAGUCCUCGCAGGUGUAAGUUUUCAAAACAAUUAGCAGAUUUUUUUGCGUGUUUGAAGAGCUUUUACACCUCUUAACACUUUCGCAAGUCCAUAACGGACCAUAACAUGCCUCAAGUGAAUCCUACAACCAGCAACCAGCAACCAACUUUCCAUUGAACAACAACAAAAACAAAUCGACUAAUGAAGCCGGGUCUUUGUGCAGCUGCGAUUUAGUGGAUUCGGUGGAGGAAGAAAACGAAAUUGAGCAAUCAGGUCGACCUAUUCAGGGUCAAAUUCCACAGUCACAGAGAGGGAAAGCGAAAACAGUACUUGUCGAGAAUAAUUUACGCAAAGCGUCCUUCCCUGUCAGAUUUUUCAUUCAACUAAGUUCGCAAACGGCGCACAUGCCAUGUGAUUUUCCCAUAGGCGUACGGGCAAUUUUUUGCCAGGGGGGGCGUUAAGCCAUUUGCCCAAAAAAUUCUCCCAAGUUGCCCAAAUUUUUACGAGACAGUAGAAAAGAAACGAGGGCGAUACGAUGCAAUAACGUAGGCCGUACUGGCAUAUAAAGGUCAAUACCUCCCAAUUUUGAGAAUAACUACGUCGCCAUACACAAACAUUUGGAAAAACUGCUAGUUUUAUUAGAUAAAGAUGAAAAUUUAUCAUGAGCAGGGUUUUAAUGAAAUCGGAAUUGUCAUAACAACGAAAUGACGCAAUUGUCUAUUUUACUUGCAGCAAUAUUUCUCGGCACUGGGAACUAUUCCUACAAAAUUGUUCACGGGAACUUUUUUCUCCAAUAGUCGCCUCGAUGUUCGUGAAGUUAAAACGGAAUCUAUAGGAGCGUUAUUGGGAUAUUUUGGGAUGAAGGUUUUAUCAUUAUAAAUAUGGGGAAAAAAUCUUGAUGUUUGGCUGUUAUUUGUAGAAAACGAAGCUCUUUUGACAUGCAAUUUCACCUCAUAGUAGCUUCAAUCUUUUUAAAAACGUGUGUAAAAGAUAUGAUCAUGGAUAUGGCUCCGGCCGAUUGCUAGAGAGAAGGAUUUCAUUAGUAUCGAGGCGCUCUUGUUAGCGGUUUUGUAAACAUUUCGGUCUACUUUAAUAAAUUAUUGCUUGAUAGAUUUUUUAAAAAAAUUGAUAUUCUUCUCGUAAUUCGAGAGGAUUACUAGUCAGCCACUUCUUCAUUUUCAGACCCUGUUGCUGAGAUGAUUCUAGAAAGAUAUGCGGAAAUUUAUUCUAAUCAAUUCACGACUGGAAAGAGCCCAUUCCAGUCACAGUGCAGUACAGUGCUCACCAAUAAAAAACUAUAAAUAUGUAAAUCAACAAAUGAUACCCUUCCCUAUAACCAGAAACUCAUCACGCGCUAGGCAACCACCGUGAGUGUCUCGAGAGAAUGUAACUGGAUUAUUACGCUGACUUCAGGAUUUUUUCAGAUUAAAAUAGAAAAUAUUUGUCUCUUUAGAGUAAUAAAAAAAACAUGGAAACGUCUUUAAAAACUGGCUUUGCCCAAAUUUUCUCUUGCUGCCCAAAAAAUCUGAGUCGCCCAAAAUUUGGGGGGGCUGCAGCCCCCCUCACCCCCCCGGCCCGUACGCCUAUGGAUUUUCCCUUGGUUUACCGGAAGUUACAUUAAUAUCCGGUCGUUUUGUAAUAUUUAAAAUGAAAUUUACUAAAAUUCAGUUCUAAUAACCGGAGGUUUGAGGUUUAAAUUUAACAAAACAAUUAUUCCUUUCGCGCUUGUUACUCUAGCUGGCGUAAGCAGCGAGACUCAGAAUCUGCAACGCGUUUUCGCAUUUUUGUUCCUAUUUUAUACACAAAUGGGGGACCAUUAUGUCAGGCGUUCCUAGCGAAGACCGUGGAAACUGGGACUAAGAAUCGUUGCGUGAUCGAAGUCACACAUUUUUUAGGAAAGAUUAAAUCUAGAGCUUUUCCGGAACGUGUCGGUCCACGAAUUCUAUCGCUUCAAAGCGUUGAUUACUUUGGAACAAGUGAACACUACUAAGUAGUUGAAGAAAAACAAAGAAUCUUAAUUAGCAAAACUGCGAUGGUCUGAUGUUGUAAACUUUCAUUGUAUGCAGAUGGCUCUUGUGACGAGAAUGCGGUUUAUUUUCGAUGAUGAUUCGAAGAUACCCUGAGCACGCAUAGAUACACAGCGAAAUCAGCCGAAUUUCCUCCGAAGUGUUUUCGGAUCACGACGAAUCUAUUUUGUUGUAGCGUAGCAGUUGUGGCGUCAAGAUGUCGUGUCUCUUCGCACUUGCUUGUCUUUUUUUUUUCUGCGGUGCCUUGUUGAGAUGUUGGUGAAUGCUGGACAAGAAAUGGAUUCUGCGAGAGACUGUAAGUACAAAUUUAGUUUUAAUUUAGUAAUGAGAAAGCCUGAAUAUCGAAGAAAUCCCGUGAAUUACCGUUUUGGUAUUCAGUUUAUCUUAUUGUUGAGCAUACUUAGAACUCUCAGGCAUAAGUGGUUGUCAACUCUUUCAGUUCGGAUAUAUUGUUUCUGUUUGUCCGUCUUAACUAGUCUUCUUCUGUUGUUAAGAAGACUACAGAAAACUUCAAAAAAUUAGAAACCAACGCUAAAAAAAGUCAGAUCUAAUUAUAUAACUGGAGCAUAAUUGUUUUUUGUUUUUGGCACCUUCGGUCAUAUUUUUUGUACUGGUAAGCUUACUUUGCGAACUGAAGAUGAUCUCAAUUUUGCUGCAUAGUUUGACUGUUGUUUGAAAGACAAUCAUACUUAUAUACGAUCACUUUUGGAGACAAAAUAAAAUAUCCGUAAAUCAAAUGCCAAAAUCAGAUUUAGAUUUCGCUUUAAAAAAAUGAAAAUGCUGCAGAUGUCAAUGCAAAGUUGUGAAACAACUCAAAAUAAAGUUUUAAAAGCAGUCUGUAAAUGUGCGUUUAGGUCCAGAAAACUAAUUUAAAAUUUCUUUUUGACGUCUCAUCCAAGUAAAGACUUAUGCCCUGCAUUGCUCGUCUACGAGUGUUCUGCAAAAUGCUUUACUACAGCAAGCCUCUGAGAGGCGAUUAUGAUAAAUUUAGUCGACGCUAAAAUGCAAAAAAAUCUAGGCUUACUUAAGCCUAAUAUUCGAAUUAAGGCCGACCCAAAUUAUUUAGACCGGCUGAUUUGAUUCAGACUCUGAACUAAGUUCAGAAGGCGAAAAAUGCUCAAUCGGGCCAACUGCUUACAAGGUACAUGAAAAGUUCGGGGUCCGAAUCAAAGCCGUUCCAAAGUCGCUCCAAAGGCUAGGCGAAAAGAACUGCUAAGCCGUUCCUAAGUGAUUGAGACGCCGAACUUUUCAUGUAUUUAAUUCAUUGUAUUCGGUUCGGCUCAUGAAAAGUUCGGAGUCUGAACCGGGCCUAAGCUUUUUUUAUACACUUCUCAUAUGGUAGUUUCACUUUUUUAUACACCGAUUGAGAAACAAAAUCGCCCUCGUUAAAUCCUAUUUUAAAGUUUAUGGCCUUUCUUCACAAACCCUAAUCAGUUGACGCACCAUGAGGGAAUAUCGUCACAAAGAUGAGAAAACUUUUCACUGAAUUUCCUUUACAUAUUCCGGGUUUAUAUGGGUCUACACCUUACCCGCAAAAGUAUAAAACUGUUGUCAAGUGUCAGUCAAGCUCAGAAUAAUGGUGACUUGCAAAACCGAAUGCAAAGGCUUAUUUCACAGUGGAAAAGCGUGUAAACAUCAUCGAACAUUGACGCUACGUAAAUUGACCACUUCAGAAAAUACCAUAACAUACCAUAGUACUCUUUGUUGGUCACUCCAAAAUUUUGCAUAUAAAGCAUUGUCUUCAGUUUCUCUUGGGAGUUAAAAUGGCCCCAGGAGAAACUGAAAACAAUCCUUAUGCGAAAUUUUGGAGUGAGCAACGAAGAGUAUUAUGGUCUAAUAUUUUCUGGAGUGGUCAAUUGGUUAAUGUGAAACCAUGUUUCUUUUACUUAAUUUACCAUGCAUUUAUGUCAAUUGCACACUCUUGUGAAAUUAACCUCAGACAAUUAGUUGCGACCUCAUGUUAAGAGAAGCUGCUCCUCCACAUGUUCUAUUUUUUUUUUUAUUUUCUUGCAUGUAUUAACAUUCCAUUUCUUUUUUGUUACAGAUAGCUGUAGAUUCAAGGAACUAACCUGUGCAUUUAAAGCACGCCAGAGACUGAUUGUGACAUGCCCGGCAAGCGAUAGAAUUUGGCAUGCCCGGCUAGCUAGGCUCAUAUUUAGGCUCGAUGGCCUGAAAUGACGCAAAAUUCAUGCCCUAAAUGUCCUCGAAAUUUUAGCUUCCAAGCUGUUUUUGCUCUUUGGGCUAUUUUUUCUAGGGAUCUCAAUUUGAUCCUCGGCUAAUCUUCUUUUCGGAGCAAUAUCAUGAAAUUGAUUAAAACAACAUCAACAAACAAACAAACAAACAGAGAAGAGUGAGUAUUUCCACACACUAUACUUUAUUAUCAUACACAUCAUUUUGCCAAAAUUUGGAGGCCCGUUACGUUGUUCAUAAAAGGUCUGCAAUACGAUGUUCUUAGGUUUCUUUGGUAUUUUCUUAUUUUACAGAUGAAAAAAGGAAAACACUAAGAAUAAAAAUCAUUGCCGAGACUGAGAAUUAUUACUACUAUCUGACUACUAUUAUUGUUUCUUAAGAUGAUGAAAACCUCUUUGCUAUGAAAUGUCGUCUGUCUUCUCCUUAUAUUACAUGUCACAUUCACCGCGGAUAUUAAGUCAGACGAACCGGCGCAGAGUAUACAUAAAAGCCUAAGUACUAAGGAAGCUAAUACGAGAUAAACUAGUGGAAAAUCAGUUUGUUUUCUAAAUUUAAUAACAGAGCGAAUUUUUAACUUCCUGUUUGAAAAAAUGUAAGCUACAAUCAAAAGUGCUAUUCAGUUUGGUUCGGCCGUCGGACGCCUUGUUGAACUUAAAACUAGUGCCUUAGUAACAUGUCACGUGAACUUGAAUCUGAACAGCGGUUGGUUCUUGGUUUGUUUUGGUCCAGGUUAUCAAAUUUGAUAACUAUCUCGGACUGUUUAAGUUGUCAGGAAGUUCAGUCGGCGGCAAAAUAUCAGAUAUAUUACUAGUAACUACCGUUACUAAUUGCGUGUUGACCAUAAUGUUUUGUCCUCUUUUUCGAAUAAUAUCGCUGUUUUAUUGCUAUUUAACAGACUUACAGCUACUGCAUUCUAAAUUUCCUACAGUUAUUGAGGAGAAGGUUAAGUAUCUCCGGUAAUAACCGAUGAAAAUGUUAGAAAUCAUAUUUCAGAGUACACAUGCAGUCCAGAGAUGUAGGAAAUUGAGAUUGAAGAAAGUUCACUUUCUUAAUGACCUUAAUUACUGUCUAAUUGACUUGCAUAACCAUGCAAUGACAUAAAUAUAAUAUCUGUUUAUUUUAAUUUCGCCAACAAAUGGUUGACGUUGUAAUUCCAAAGAAACAAUGAAAGUUGGCAACGGAGGUUUUGGGCAACUUACUCGGGUAACCCAUUUUGAUUUUCGGAGCAAAUUUUUCACGCAAAAUAAAAUUUUCACACUUGUCUUGCCCUUACCCUAAAGCAACUCAGGAAUAAAUGUAACAAAGCACACAAAUGGAUAAUAUCGAACGGUUAACGUACCAUGGAAAUAUUGAGGUAACGAAUUUACGCUUUUAUCCAUAACACCUCGGCUAAAACUAAUAUUGAUAGCAAAAAAUUUCAGGAAAAUAUUUUGGCAGAAAAAAACUGGUUUCUAUUCAAUAAAUUCUCCAAUAACAAAGAAUAAAUUUCAGCAAACCCUUUGUGCCAAUUCUGUUUAAUUCCUAAAUUCAUGACAUGUCUAUGAGUUAAGGUAACGGAGGUUAUUACAAAAUUGUGGACAAUAUAUUCCUGAGUUCAUGGGCUUAUUUGAAAGCUUAGCUAUUUCCCAUAUACAAAGGUUUGCUCUAUCCCGAGGGGUAUCCCGAAACUAUUGUUGUUAAAACUCUAAAAUAUUUUGUAUAUGUAUGCAGCGGACAUGCCAAAUUGGCACUUAUUAGGGCUUUCUCUUGUAUGCUAAAACAGCAGAAAUAGUAAGCAUCUAUCAUUGUCUGAAUGGCCGCCGUUUUCACACUAGAGACGGAUGAUCCAUCUUCAAAAUCCGUCAAAAUUGACGGAUGAACGGACCGGGAUAAAGUCAAGCGGAUUGUUCAUCAAAACUGAAAUCCGUUCCAUUCGAAUUACCUGUCUGGUGCGAAUUAUUCAACGGAUGACCCGUCUCAGACAGAAUCCACCUCUAGUAUGAAAGCGGCCAAUGUUGUGUUAUGACAACAGAACUGUCCUAUGCGUUUAUUAGAACAACACCCGCACGGUGAAAUAGACAAAUAGACCGUAAAACAUCCAUUUGCUACAUUUUACUGGGAAUGAGUGUAGUUCCAACAUUUACUUUAACUGAUUUUACAACUCACAGCAUUCACGCGCAGUUUCUCCUGUCCAAUUAAAAUGACGACGCGCAAAAACAUGUGUAAAACCUGUAUUAUGAUCAGCAUUUCAUAUACCGUUACAGAUCUUCCAGGCAAACCGGAACCGUCACACUGUGGUUUUGAACAUUUUGAACCCUGCCAUACACGCACGCUACAUUCGGAUACUUCCUUACACGUGGUAUAGUCAUAUUUCUAUGAGGAUAGAACUCUUGGGAUGUCCGUCUGGUAGGUGCUGUUUAUUUAUCUUCACUUCAAUCAACAUACAGCCUUUCAGUUUCUCACAGAACUGCAAUUUAUUACGGCGAAACAUUUAACCGAUCGUAGAAUUAUAAACGUGUGCAGCGCAGUUUUGGCGAGAUUUUGGUAUGAUCUAUAAGAAACAGCGUAAUGGUUUUUAGCUUAUUAGCCCCUUACUUACCUAGGCCUUUAAUCGUAAUUGGAGCAUAGGCCAUUGAUGAAUGACACAUGACCUGUCAAAAUCAAAUCAACGAGCUCACGGUUUUUUGAUUAGCAAAGAAAUUUGCAGGUGAUGAACACGACUUUACCGGCCAAUCAGAGAUGGUUUUUUUUUCGGAUUCUUCCAGAGGUUAGUGAUCCUUUUAGCUUGGGGCUGACCAAAAGGAUCGUAGCCUCUGGGAACGAGAUUGAAACCAUGGAUGUCCAAUAUCAAGUUAAAAACAGGUUGUAUAUGCCUUGGACUUCAAAGCUAGUAAAUGUGACAUUUUACAUCCGCUUACAUGGAAAGGUAGACAGGUUAUGUUGUCACAGCCAAUAUUUUUCAGAUAUACACAUGACCAAAUUUUAUUACCUACGGUGCUCCGCUGCCUGCGCAUCCGCUGAAAUCAAUGUGUUUGGUCGGCAAAAUUCACCAGUUUAGAUCAAAGCUCGGGCACUCGCCCGAUUUGGCGUCAUCUUCUGGAAAAUAAAACAAACUGUUUUUUUUUUUCACAGAAAUAUUCUUACCGUUAACAUACCAGUGCUUUACCACAUUCUAAAAGCUUUUGAAACUAGCAAAUACACGCAGAUUUAUCAUUUCAUAUAUUCAAAAUGGCUCCUGUUCAAGUAAUCAUUACACGAAGUAUCUACUCUCCGUCAUGGUACUGCUGGUCAAAAACAAACCGUGCCACUGAUGUGUUAGCCCGUGUACAGACGUCCCCACUCCCUCAGAAAAAAUCAGAGGAAGAGACGUCGUCUCUUCUCCCGCCAUUUUUUUCUGAGGGAGGCCGGGGACGUCUGUACACAUGCUACUGAUGUGUCUUUAUUUGCCUUGCGUGGGUCUCGAUUUGAAAAUCUGUUGAUCUUUUAUUUUAGUAUAUACUAAAACAGUGGAUAGUGUUUUUCGCGCGCUCUGAUUGGCUACUCAAUCAGUGAAUAUUAUACACUUAAUGUCAGUUCCCUCGGGAAACAGUUAGUUUUGUUUUCCCAAGAGUCCUGAAACAUCAGGACUCGAAGUGUUUUGUUAUAUUUCUAGACUUUCACUUCAACAGCAACAAAAGAAUAACCGAAGCGAACCAAAACAGUCGACUAGGUAGUUAUAACAACACAAAUUUAAUUCUCAAAACCACUGAAUGAAUGAUUUACAAACAAAAGUACUUUCCUCAUAUUAUCUGCAUCUUUUUCCUCCACUAGCUGCUGUUUUUCUUCUGGGAACUUCUGGGAUAACUUUAAAAAUCGUUGCUUUUUAGCUUGAGGUUUCGUUUUUGUGUUGUUGUGUUCAUUCACGAAAAAGAAAACUGGCUGGACCUGGCGGUGUUUUUCCCGCCUUCUGUCACACCACUUUCCACCAUGCUUUGAUCACGUGCUGCAAUGUAUCCCCAGCGGGAUACAUUGUUUAAUGUAUCACGAUCGGGAUACAUUUGAUUUUAGUCAAGGCCACGUGACCAAGAAUCAACCAAUGGCAGUCCCUGUUUAGUUGAGUGAAAGUCUAGGAAUACAACAACCUGCACUAUUCACUGAUUCACCUCCAGUCCCUCCGAGCGAGCGACGCCAAACUCCAGUAAGUUGCAAGCAAAAUGCCUUCCCGGUUUGCUGCCGUAAGAAACAAAGAAAUUUCACAUCUAAUCAAGCAAGCUGUUCCCGAAAUACACAAGAAAGGGUGACGAAGUUCGCUUGGGAAGUUUUAACAGGUUAAAAAGUUUUUUGUCCGUAAAUGCAAAUCAGGCUUAAGUUUUGCGUUACUUUAUUUAGUUGACUUGUUCAUAAAUAAGCUUAAAACUAAAUUUAGUAAUCUUUUUUUGCAGGAUGAUUUUAAAUACAAAAAGAAUUCACAACUCCUUUUGAAGAAAUUUCCCCGAAAGAGCUAAACAAAUUAUUUAUCGGGAAAAAAAAGCGACGGCGACGAUUAUAUCGUAAUCGUUGGCAAAAUUGUAAUCGUUGGCAACAGUAUUUGAGUUAAGAAUCAUCAUUUUUGUGCUCAAUUAUCUCACUGUUUUAGUAUAUACUAAAACAAUUAUUCACCUCAGUGUCGGUAAAUGGCCACGACUAGCCACCUCCACUUCGGUGAAUAAUUGUUAUAUAACCAGGAGUAUCUAAAACUCCGCCCAGCUGAGAUAACAAACCUAAAUAUUUAACCAGAACGACAAAUAUAUAGAGGAUAUUACACGGUGGCGCGAAGAUAUGAAUUUUAUUUUCGAGUGGCAAAACAAUAUUUUACGAACGAGCGCACUCGGGCGAGUGAGUGGCGU